GUACUAGCCUGCUUACUGACGUCGGGCGGGCCGAUGCAGAGAGCAGCGUGGUCCAUCCUCUGGUUGACUGACACACGCUGGGGAAAAAGUUACUCUUGAGUUCGAGGACACACUGCCAACAUGUCUGGAGAUGACGAUACACCGGAGCUGACCAUCGCCGACGACUUGGUGGUCACCAAGUAUAAGAUGGGGGCCGAGAUUGCGAAUCAGGCGCUAAAGACAGUGGUUGGAGCAGCUAUGGCUGGAGUCUCUGUGCUCAGCCUGUGUGAAAAGGGAGAUGCCUUCGUCAUUGCCGAAACCGGGAAGAUCUUCAAGAAGGAAAAGGAAAUGAAGAAAGGUAUUGCUUUUCCUACUUGUGUGUCCGUUAACAACUGUGUAUGCCAUCACUCCCCUCUGAAGACUGAUCCCGAUGUCAUGCUGAAGGAUGGAGACCUUGUAAAGAUUGAUCUGGGAGUGCACGUUGAUGGCUUCAUCUCAAAUGUCGCUCACAGCUUAGUUGUUGGAGUGACCAAGGACAACCCACUGACUGGACGGAAGGCUGACGUUAUCAAAGCGGCUCACCUCUGUGCUGAGGCGGCUCUGCGUCUUGUUAAGCCCGGAAAUCAGAAUAAACAGGUCACAGAAGCCUGGAACAAGAUUGCAAAGUCGUUCAAGUGCUCCCCUAUUGAAGGCAUGCUCUCCCAUCAGCUCAAACAACACGUGAUCGAUGGGGAGAAAACGAUCAUCCAAAACCCAACGGACCAGCAAAAAAAGGACCAUGAGAAGGCCGAGUUCGAGGUCCAUGAAGUAUAUGCAGUGGAUGUGCUUAUCAGCACCGGAGAGGGCAAGGCAAAGGAUGGCGGUCAGAGGACCACCGUUUACAAACGAGACCCCAACAAGGUGUACGGCUUGAAGAUGAAGACAUCUCGCACGUUCUUUAGUGAGAUGGAGAGGCGCUUUGAUACAAUGCCUUUCACUCUGAGAGCGUUUGAGGAUGAAGGCAAGGCCAGGUUAGGCGUGGUUGAGUGUGCCAAACAUGAACUGCUGCAGCCGUUCAAUGUGCUGCAGGAGAAAGAGGGGGAAGUUGUUGCCCAGUUUAAGUUCACCGUGCUGCUCAUGCCCAACGGACCACUGCGAAUCACAAACAGCCUCUUUGAGCCAGAGCUCUACAAGUCUGAGCAUGAGGUGGAGGACCCAGAGCUGAAGGCUUUGCUUGAAAGCUCUGCCAGUCGUAAGACCCAGAAGAAGAAGAAAAAGAAGGCCUCAAAGACUGUUGAGACUGCAACCGGACAGGCAAUGGAGACUGACGCUGCAGAAUAAGUUUCUCGGGCAGACAUCUGACGACCCAAAGAACAGACGCCAUGAAUCCUGCUGUCCGAGGCGCAUGCGGGCGUAGCCGCUGUGAAUACCUCUAACUGAUGUCAUUUUGGGAUGAUGCUGCUCCUAAAUUUUUUCACUCCACCUAUAAUACAAGUACAUUUCUAGUAAAUCCCAUAAACUUGAGACCGUCCUCUUCUUCUAACAGUGGACAACAAUUCUGCUACAAAAGAGGAAAUUCUAAACCAUUUGUUUGACCUUGAGCCUUCGUCCAUGAAAGAUGUGGAAAAUAAAAUGAGUUUGACUGAGCGGCAAAGGAUGAUGAAUGCACAAUACUGUGUCCGCGUAAUUGUGUGGCAGUGAGAUAACUUCCUUAACGUCAUAAACCUGUCUUUGGAAACAAAGUUGACCUGAUCUUGUGCAACACUUGAAUCCUGAAGUUAAAAGCAUGCCAAUGGCCAUUAUUACUGCUGAGAUCAGCAUAGUUUCCCCGUUUAUACCACUCUGGCUUAGGUCAGUCUGCCAGUACAUUCAGUACACUUCUAGGAGGCUACUGUAGGUUACUCGGCUAACAAUUUCUAAAACUUACAAUUGAAGACCAAAUUAAGUCAUUUAAAUAGCAAAAACGUAUUUCUCCAUCGUGGAUGGCAUACCUCCUGCCAGGGGUUCCGCAUUCAGUCUUCGGGUGCCACCAUCAAGUCUGACAGUCUGUGUUUACAUAAGAAUUCCAUACCUGUUAGAUAUAUGGAUGCUUUUGUAAAACAAAUCCCAGUUUUAGAGACUAUUUUUGGAAACAUUAAAAAGCCACCUGACAUCA